AUGUUUUUCAAGUCUCUUGACCUAACGACUGCAUUGCGGCCUUUACUGUUGCCUGACGAGACUCUUCUCUUUGUCCAGGAUGCGGUGGGCUUGUAUGAAGGGAAAUACAAGAUCCCCAGUUACCAAAAUGGCCAUGCAUACUUGACGUCGCAUCGCGUAUGCUAUGUGGCCGCGGAAGAUCCGCGCAAACAUUCCGUGGGGAUCGACCUGAAGGAGAUCGAUCGAGCAGAUUAUCAGGCUGGCUUCUUGAAAUCAUCGCCGAAGAUCACAAUAUAUCCCAAGCCGCAGAAGAGCAAGGACAAUUUGCGGAGCGUAAAUGGCAGUCCUGCUGUAUCGCAGACCAGCCUACGACCGGUGAAGCCGCUCUCCCCGCAUCCUCAAUCCGUCGGGCCACAUCCAACAUCUUCUCCGAAACCAAUCAACGCGACAUGGAUUUGUCCUAUUUGCUCAUUCUCUAACCCAUUGCCCUCAAACUUUGACACUACGACAGCUACUCCGGCAGUUAAUUUACCACCAUGUCUGGCCUGCGGUAUCAAACCACCAUUCACGACUGUCCUCAAAGCGGCGAUUAGCGCGGCCGCCGGUUCCGCUGGUCGAGAUCCGCUUUUACCCAGCUCGGACUCAUUGCAGGUCGAAGAUAGCGCCAUCACGAGAAAUGCAAGCUGGACCGAUCCUGCAGGAAGUGAAUCUGUGUCGUGCCAUCGUUGCACAUUCGUGAACCACUCAUCUCUCAUCGAAUGUGAGAUGUGCGGCGCACCGCUUGUAUCGGCCCCGACGUCAAAUAGUGAAGUCAAUGCGAGUCGCUCAGAUUCUCCAGCUCCAUUCUUCGAUCAAACGCGCAUCGCCAAUACGGAAGUGACGGAGAGCAUCAAGCUUUCAUUUCGAGCCGGCGGAGAGAAAAUAUUCCACGAGAGACUGAAGGGGGCCCUCAUUCAGCGGAAAUGGCUCCUACAAAAUGCGCCACCAGUACCUCCACCCUCGCAAACAUCAUCAAGUACACCGACUAGUACAGCCGUAGAAAGUCCUCAGCCAGCCUCACGUACCGCUGUGGGUAUUGCAGGCUUAGAGCAAAGGGGACUAGAAGCUCGCAUGAACAAUCAGCUGGUGAUAGGCAAUGCCUUUGAGGAUCUCGAGGCGCUCAUGGCGUCUGCAAAACAGAUCGUGGCACUCGCAGAGACUCUUGCCAGGGAGUCUGGAAUGGCGAGCAACGAGGGUUCUGCAGAGACCAACGCAGUACUAUCAGAAUCCGUAGCUGCCUUGGGAAUGGUGACUACCAAGGAUAUGCUUAGCUCAGGAUCAGAGAACCUCUAUCUAUCAGAGUUGUCACGCAACCUCGCCGAAUACCUAACAGACGACCGCAAGGGAUUUUUGCAACGGGAGGGCGGCAUUAUGAGUUUGAUUGACUUAUGGGCGGUAUUCAACCGAUCCCGCAACGGAGUAGAACUCGUCAGUCCCUCCGACUUUGAACGGGCAGCUGAGUUGUGGGAAAAGCUCAAAUUACCAGUUCGGUUGCGUCGGUUCAAGAGUGGUCUACUUGUGGUGCAGAGAUUCGAUUGGAGCGACGACAAGACUGUACGUCAACUUCUGGAAUGGAUGGAUGAACUACGAGUCGUACCACCCGAGGAGCCGGUUCAAUGGGACUGGAGGGAAUUUGGUCGGGCCGUGACAGCGCAGGAGGCGGCGCAGCGCUUCAAAUGGAGUGUCGGUGUGGCUACUGAAGAACUCGAGAUGGCUGAAGACCGGGGGGUCCUGUGUCGCGAAGAAGGGAUAGAGGGUCUCCGAUUCUGGAGCAAUCGAUUAUAG